GGCCUGGAGACCGUGGGCAAGUUCGAGUUCUCGCGCAAGGACCUGAUCGGGCACGGCGCCUUCGCCGUGGUCUUCAAGGGGCGCCACCGGGAGAAGCACGACCUGGAGGUCGCGGUCAAGUGCAUUAACAAGAAGAACCUCGCCAAGUCCCAGACGCUGCUGGGGAAGGAAAUCAAGAUCCUCAAGGAACUGAAACAUGAGAACAUCGUGGCUCUGUACGACUUCCAGGAGAUGGCAAAUUCCGUCUACCUGGUCAUGGAGUACUGUAACGGCGGGGACCUGGCUGACUACCUGCACACCAUGCGGACGCUGAGCGAGGACACCAUCCGGCUCUUCCUGCAGCAGAUCGCGGGCGCCAUGCGGCUACUGCACAGCAAGGGCAUCAUCCACCGCGACCUCAAGCCCCAGAACAUCCUGCUGUCCAACCCCAGCGGGCGCCGCACCAACCCCAACAACAUCCGCGUCAAGAUCGCCGACUUCGGCUUUGCCCGGUACCUCCAGAGCAACAUGAUGGCGGCCACGCUCUGCGGCUCCCCCAUGUAUAUGGCCCCUGAAGUGAUCAUGUCGCAGCACUAUGACGGGAAGGCCGACCUGUGGAGCAUCGGCACCAUCGUGUACCAGUGCCUGACGGGGAAGGCUCCCUUCCAGGCCAGCAGCCCCCAGGACCUCCGCCUCUUCUACGAGAAGAACAAGACCCUGGUGCCCACCAUCCCCCGGGAGACAUCCGCUGCGCUGCGACAGCUGCUCCUGGCCCUGCUGCAGCGCAACCACAGCGACCGCAUGGACUUCGAUGAGUUUUUCCAACACCCCUUCCUCGAUGCCAGCGGCUCCGUGAAGAAGUCCCCGCCCGUGCCCGUGCCCUCACGCCCCAGCUCGGGCUCCGGCAGCAGCUCCAGCAGCAGCCCCACCUCGCACCUGGCCUCGCCACCGUCGCUGGGCGAGAUGCAGCAGCAGCUGCAGAAGACGCUGACCUCCCCGGCCGAAGCCGCCGGCUUCCUGCAGGGCUCCCGCGACUCAGGUGGCAGCAGCAAGGACUCGUCCUGUGACACCGACGACUUCGUCAUGGUCCCAGCCCAGUUUCCAGGGGACCUGGUGGCCGAAGCAGCCGGUGGCAAGCCCCCGCCGGACAGCCUGAUGUGCAGUGGGAGCUCGCUAGUGGCCUCGGCUGGCCUGGAGAGCCACGGCCGGACACCGUCUCCGUCCCCACCCUGUAGCAGCUCCCCCAGCCCCUCUGGGCGGGCCGGCCCGUUCUCCAGCAGCAGGUGCGGUGCGUCCGUGCCCAUCCCAGUGCCCACGCAGGUGCGGAACUACCAGCGCAUCGAGCAGAACCUGCAGUCGCCCACCCUGUACCAGACCCCACGGUCCUCCGCCAUCCGCAGGUCAGACAGCACCAGCCCCCUGGGCUUCGCACGGGCCAGUCCGUCGCCCCCGUCCCAUGCCGAGCCUGGAGCCACGCUGGCCCGGAAACUGUCCCUGGGUGGAGGCCGGCCCUACACACCGUUUCCACAAGUUGGAACUAUCCCCGAGCGGCUUGGCUGGAGCGGGGUGCCCUCCCCCCAAGGCGCUGAGAUGCGGGCUGGCAGGUCCCCUCGUCCAGGCUCCUCUGUGCCUGAGCACUCUCCCCACACCACGGGGCUGGGCUGCCGCCUGCACAGUGCCCCCAACCUGUCUGACCUGCACGUCAUCCGCCCCAAGCUGCCCAAGCCUCCGACAGACCCACUGGGGGCUGCGUUCAGCCACCCGCAGGCCAGCCCCCCACCGCCGCCCCACGGGCUGCAGUCUUGCCGGCCCCUGCGUGGUUCGCCCAAGCUGCCCGACUUUCUGCAGCGGAACCCCCUCCCCCCGAUCCUGGGCUCCCCCACCAAGGCCACGCCUGCGUUUGACUUUCCCAAGACCCCCAGCUCCCAGAGCUUGCUGAGCCUCCUGGCCCGGCAGGGCGUGGUCAUGACACCCCCUCGGAACCGGACGUUGCCUGACCUCUCAGAGGCAGGUCCUUUCCCGGGCCUGGGCCCUGGCCUGCGCCCCACAGAGGACACCAAGGGCCCCUUUGGCAGGUCCCUCAGCACCGGCCGCCUCACCGACCUGCUCCUUAAGGCCGCCUUUGGGACACAGGCCCCUGAUUCAAGCAGCAUGGACAGCCUGCAUGAGAAGCCCAUGGAAGUCGGGAACCUGCAGCCAGGAGCCCGGGCUGGGGGCGCCAGCAGCCCCGCCCCUGUGGUGUUCACCGUGGGCUCGCCCCCCAGCGGGGCCACGCCACCCCAGGGGCCCCGCACCAGGAUGUUCUCAGUGGGCUCCUCCAGCUCACUCAGCUCGGCCGGCUCUGCCUCCGCCCGCCACCUGGUGCCUGGGGCGGGCAGCGAGGCCGCCCCCGAGGUCCUGGCCCCUGGGCACUGCUGCAGCUUUGCGGACCCCGUCACCGCCAACCUGGAGGGGGCUGUGACCUUCGAGGCCCCUGACCUCCCGGAGGAGACUCUCAUGGAGCAAGAGCACACGGAGAUCCUGCACGGCUUGCGCUUCACACUCGCCUUCGUCCAGCACGUCCUGGAGAUCGCAGCCCUGAAGGGCAGCGCCAGCGAGGCGGCCGGGGGCCCGGAGUACCCGCUGCAGGAGAGCGUGGUGGCGGACCAGAUCAGCCUGCUGAGCCGCGAGUGGGGCUUCGCAGAGCAGCUGGUGCUUUACCUGAAGGUGGCCGAGCUGCUGUCCUCAGGCCUGCAGACCGCCAUUGACCAGAUCCGGGCCGGCAAGCUCUGCCUGUCGUCCACUGUGAAGCAGGUGGUGCGGAAGCUGAACGAGCUGUACAAGGCCAGCGUGCUGUCCUGCCAAGGCCUGAGCCUGCGGCUGCAGCGCUUCCUCCUGGACAAGCAGCGGCUCCUGGACCGCAUCCAGAGUGUCACUGCGGAGAAGCUCAUCUUCAGCCACGCCGUGCACACGGUGCAGUCGGCCGCCCUGGACGAGAUGUUCCACCGGCGGGAGGACUGCGUCCAGCGCUACCACAAGGCCCUGCUGCUCAUGGAGGGGCUGCAGCGGCUGCUGGCGGACCAGGCCGACGUGGAGAACGUUGCCAAGUGCAAACUGUGCAUCGAGCGGAGACUCUCAGCCCUGCUGACCGGCUCCUGCGCCUGACCGCCAGUGCCCGCCCUGCACGCCCAAGGGCCGGACCUCCUCUACUGACCCGUGGGUGGGACUGCGUGCUGGCCAGGUGGGAAGGGACAGUCCUACAGCCUGGGCCCUGCUCCAGUGCCUGGCAAGGACCGUGUUUCCGCCCAGUGUCCAGAGUCAGGUCUCCAGCCACCUCUCCGUUUUCCCGGCUCUGGCUGGCGUUGGGCUUCAGGACACUGGAAGGCCUGCCCAGAACCUCAGCCCAGGCCGGUCCCCCGCUGCCUCGAGGGCAGGCAGGGACUUGUGGGCUUCCCCCUAUCCCAGCUAGACCCAGAGCAGCCCCGCUGAGGACAAGCCGGGGCCCACUCAAGCCAAAGCUGCCAGACCUGCCCAAGGGCCCCACCCAGAAGAAGGCGCAGGCCCGGAUCCCUCCCCUUCCCCGAGACCACCACCCAGCUUUGUGAAUCACCGAGCACUUUAUGCAGGCGGCCUGGCGCGGGGGCUGCCCGCUCAGCCCCGGUGUCGCACCAGCGGCACGUGUGCGCAUCCGUGCACAGAUGUGCACCCGCAAACCCCCCGUGCGCGCGCACCGUGCCUGCUGCCCGGGGCCACCCUCGGGAGACACAGCCGUCUUAUUUAAAUGUUCUCUUAGGGCCGCGCAGUACGAAGCACCGAGCUCUCUAAACCCAGGGCGGACGUGGCAGUCUUUCACACUUUACUCCUAAAUGUGUCUUAUUCUUCUGCAGCUGUUUCUUUUUGUUGUUGUUGUUGUUGUUUGUUGUUUUUUUUUUUUUUUUAAGAAGAAAACGCGUAGGUGUUUAGGAGGUUCUGUUUUGGAAGGGUGGGUGAGGGACAGAGUCGGACCGUCAGGUCAGGGAGACAUGGGAGGCGGGUGGCGCCGUGCGCACGUGUGCCUGCGUGUGUCCAGCUGGCCUGCCAUCCUGCCCUGUUAGGGCAGCCAGACCCCUUCUGCCCGCUCCCCACCUAAAGACAGUGGGCAGGUGAGGGAGGAGAGUGUUUUGUGCAAAAACCUUUCAUCCAGUUUCAUAGUAGGUUUACAGUAGGUUUUGAUGUCAGAUUCUCCCCAGCCAGCUCCUGGCUGCCAUCAAUGGGGUCAGAGAGAGGCCCACCUUCAGGGUUCCAGAGGGGCCAUCCCAGUCUGCCCAGCUCUGCCUAGCUGUACCCCCGAAAGUGCAGAGGACCCGGGUGAGUUCAGGCUUCUGGCCAGGGUUUAAGGUCUACAACACAGACCCAGACAGAUCUACACGUUUCUUUCUUUGUAAUACUUGAAAUACUGCCCUGUGCUUGGGCUUAGACGAAGAAGCCCUGUGGACUCUUUGCUCAUCACCCGGUGACUUGACUUUUUCCUUGCUGCACGGAACAUUUUCCUAUUUAUUGCUUUAUGGUCGGCUUGAGUCCAGGGCCGCCAGGAGGCAGGCUCCACAGGAGGGGCCUCGAGCAGCUUCCCAGUCCCUCAUGUAGUGACAGCCGGCUAUGCCAUGUGCCCAGGGCAGGUCUGGGGCCCCAGCCUCCUGGUGUGUGCUGCCAGCCAAUCCUACUCUCAACGACACAGCACUCGACCCUCGAUCUACUUUAAAAGGAAUUUUGUGUGAUUCCCCCACCUCCAUUGUGUUAAAUUGUGUCAUAUCAAUUUAAGGAAAUAAACCUUUGGAAUUGUUGA